AGCAGAAACAGGAGAGGCUGGGCAUGGGGGAGGCAGCGGAGAGAAGCCCAACGCUAUAUUGCUUUUUUGCAUUUCCAUUUCUUACUGAUCCCUAAAAUGGCGGCUUCACUUCAGUUCAACUUGAAGGCUUUCAGGUCAUCUCCUCAAGACUUUCGCUUGUCAUCCAGUAAAUCAUUCAAGUCUGGCCUUGUCAGGUGUUCGGCAGCCUCCCAUACUUCCAAACGCAGUUACUCUAUCACUUUACUUCCUGGUGAUGGCAUUGGCCCUGAGGUCACCACUGUUGCCAAGAAUGUGCUGGAUGUCGCUGGCUCGCUUGAAGGAAUUAAUUUUAAUUUUCGCGAGAUGCUUCUGGGUGGAGCUGCAUUGGAUGAGACAGGUGUACCAUUACCAGAUGAGACACUGUCUGUAGCAAAGCAAUCUGACGCUAUUCUGCUUGGUGCAAUUGGAGGGUAUAAAUGGGAUAACAAUGAAAAGCGUCUAAAGCCAGAGACUGGGUUGCUUCAGCUUCGGGAAGGUCUUAAAGUAUUUGCCAAUUUGAGACCAGCUAUUGUAUUCCCACAGUUAAUGGAUGCCUCAACUUUGAAGAGAGAGAUUGUUGAAGGGGUUGACCUCAUGGUUGUAAGGGAACUCACUGGAGGUAUUUACUUUGGAAAGCCCAGGGGCUUUCGUACUGAUGAAAGUGGUGAAGAGGCUGGUUUCAAUACUGAGAUUUAUACUGCACAUGAGAUUGAUCGCAUCACACGAUUUGCAUUUGAGAUUGCUCGGAAGCGGCGUGGGAAACUUUGCUCUGUUGACAAAGCCAAUGUGUUAGAGGCAUCAAUGUUUUGGAGGAGAAGAGUUCUCGCAAUAGCACAAGAAUAUCCCGAUAUCGAGUUAUCACACAUGUAUGUUGAUAAUGCCUCAAUGCAAUUGGUUCGCUAUCCCAAACAGUUUGACACAAUUGUGACAAACAACAUAUUUGGGGAUAUAUUAUCAGAUGAGGCUGCAAUGAUCACUGGAAGUAUUGGGAUGCUUCCUUCUGCAAGUCUUGGGGAUUCGGGACCUGGGCUUUUUGAACCUAUACAUGGUUCUGCUCCUGACAUUGCCGGACAGGACAAAGCAAAUCCAUUCGCCACUGUACUUAGCGCUGCUAUGCUUUUGAAGUAUGGUCUUGGAGAAGAUAAGGCUGCUGAGAGGAUAGAAAAUGCAGUUUCGGACACCUUGAACAGGGGAUUUCGAACUGCUGACAUUUAUUCUGAAGGAACGAAACUAGUAGGAUGCAAACAGAUAGGUGAAGAGAUUAUGAAGUCAGUUGAAUCCCAGGUUCCUGCUACUGCAUAAAUCAGACGUAGACAUCCACGAAAAUUGGGUGCUGGGGUUGGCCCGAGGAUCUCGUCUGCGAGACUAUGAUUAUCAAUGCUUUCCUUAAUGCUAAGUAGAAAGAAUUGUCCCGUACCGAAGAGAAUUUCAGGUUCCUUUUGGUGAGGUUAGAAAAUGUUAUUCAAGUGAAAAAAUGGAGCAUUUGAAAUGUAGUUUGUUAUCCACGGUCAUUCUGUCAGGAAACACGUGCACGAUGAAAACCCACUUUGAGACGAUAUUGGGGAUUUCGGAGCCAUAACUGCAAAUUUUGUUUCUGCUUUGACUUUUGACAGACAAGUGGCGAUUUGCACUCCACUAGUAAAAGGCAUAUAGGAGUCCACUUGAGUGGGAAAUAUAUGAUGAUAAAGUAGUUCCUAAUGAUUAUAGCGUUCUUGGUGUUGAAGCAAGUGUGUUUUUUCUUUUUUUGGGGUCAAGUGUUGAAGCAAGUGAUUAAGAUAUCUUACGCCGACAAACGUACUCUUAGAAUCGCCACCCUUGAUCUCCAUUCUUCAACAAGCACCCAUGAUUUUGGUUUGUAUUUUUAUACAUGGUCAUUAUAUAACCAACAGUUAGUCAAUGAUGAUCAACUAGAAAUGUUUAGCAGAGUAAUUAUGUAAUAAAUUAUAUAUUUUUAUGA